CGUGCAAACACGACAUAAAAGAUAGUACACCACGUUAGAGUAGUGGCCAAUGGUCGGUUGGUAAAUAUCUCAUCUUUUUCUCUCUAUUUUCUUCUUCACUUCUCAUUCAAAAUCAACAACAAAAAAACCAUCAAUCUUUUUUUUUAUCCGGCUAGACAUUGAACGUUAACUUUUUUUAUUUCCGAUGAGGAAGCUUUGUCCGAACUUUGACAGAGAAGAUGGGUUGGACACAGUUCUUGAAGUUCCGAUACCGGAGGAGAUGUUCGGUUGUAAUAAAAAUGGGAACAAGUCGUGGCAGAAUAUGAAAGCUUGGAUUAGACCACACCAUGAAAAAUCAAUGGCUGCUAAUAAAAAUACUGAGAUUCAGCUUUUGCUUGGCGUUGCCGGAGCUCCGUUGAUCCCUCUUCCUAUUCGUUGUGAUCAUCAGUUUAUUAAUGCUAAAGACCAACCUAUUGAGGCAUCAAUGGCAAAAUACAUAGUGCAACAAUACAUAGCAGCAGUGGGAGGGGAAAAUGCAUUAAAUUCAGUAGACAGCAUGUAUGCAAUGGGAAAGGUGAAAAUGGUAGCAUCAGAAUUUUGUGCACGAGAAGGAAAAAUUAGUACUAAUAGUAAUAAUAAGGUAGUAAAAGUUAAGAAUUUAAAAAAUGGAGGGGGAGAAAUGGGAGGAUUUGUUCUAUGGCAAAAGAGGCCUGAGUUAUGGUGUUUAGAGUUGGUGGUUUCCGGUUGCAAAAUUAGCGCCGGCAGCGACGGAAAAGUUGCUUGGAGGCAGACUCCUUGGCACCACUCCCAUGCUUCAAGAGGCCCACCUCGGCCCCUCCGCCGUUUCCUUCAGGGUCUUGAUCCAAAAUCCACAGCCAAUUUAUUCUCCAACUCAAUUUGCAUAGGCGAAAAGGCGAUCCACGGCCAAGAUUGUUUCAUACUAAAACUCGAAGCCGAAACCUCAUCACUAAGAGCAAGAAGCACAAAUAACGUAGAAAUUUUACGCCACACGGUUUGGGGCUAUUUCAGCCAAAGAACUGGUCUAUUGUUUCAACUAGAAGACUCUCAUCUCUUACGAAUCAAAUCCGGUCCAGGGAACGAUAGCAUUUUUUGGGAAACGACAAUGGAAUCCAUAAUUAAAGAUUACCGAACUAUCGACGGAAUUAACAUUGCACACGGCGGAAAAACUUCAGUUUCGCUAUUUAGAUUUGGCGAUAAUUCAAAAAACCAUUCAAGAACACGAAUUGAAGAAAUUUGGGAGAUUGAAGAAGUUGACUUUAAUAUAAAAGGAUUGUCUAUGGAUUGCUUUUUGCCGCCUAGUGAUUUGAAAAAAGACGGCGAAGAUCAAGGUUUCGAAAAGUUACCGAUGAAGAUUAGAUCGGCUUCUACUAAAAUUAAUGCGAAUGUUAAGAUUCUUGCUGUUGAUGAUGAUGAUUUGGAUGAUAGUACUACUACUACUGAAGAAUUUGAUGAUGAAGAUGAUUCGAAGAGUUUUUGAAUUUAGUUUUUGAUUUGUAAAUAUGAGUUACUGAUCAACUUAAUUCCUCUCUGAGGUUUUUUGGAUUGAGUAAUUAGGUAUAUAUGAAUAUAAGCUCUCAUUAAUUAGAUGGAGCUGCUUUUAUUACUGCUUA